UGCUUAUAAAAGGGUCCUCGCUGCAGAGCCCAGGGCACAGCUGGCGAAGCUCCACAGGAGGGAGGACCCCAAAGGGCGCCUGUUCAGUCAAGGUUGGUCUUCCGGCUCCCGCCCGCCACCAUGCUGGGCUCCUUGGCGUUGCUGCCCAUCCUCCUGGGAUGUCUCCACGUGGCCUGGGGGCAAACCUUCCACAUGGGGAAGUGCCCAGACCCGCCCGUUCAGGAGGAGUUUGAUGUCUCCAAGUAUCUGGGGAAAUGGUACGUGAUCGAGACGUUGUUGUCAAAUUCUGAACAAAGCAACUGUUUCCAGACAAAUUAUUCCCGGAAGGAAAAUGGGAAGUUUAAAGUGGUGAACAAAGAACUUCUCUCGGAUGGCACCGUGAAGGAGGUGGAGGGGGAGGCCCGGCAAGCGGAUCCCAACGAACCAGCCAAGCUGCACGUGAAGUUCAACUGGUUCCUGCCUGCCGCUCCCUACAAGAUCAUCUCCACGGACUACGGCCACUACUCCCUGGUGUACUCCUGCGUGACUUUCCUCUGGGUCUUCCACAUGGAUGAUGCCUGGAUCCUGUCGAGGACCCCCCAGCUGCACCCGGACACUGUGGAUCACCUGAAAGACAUCCUCCAGUCCUACGAGGUUGACACGGCGCGGAUGAGGCCCACCGACCAGCUGUCCUGCCCCGCUGACAUGUAG